CGGACAGAGUUUGAUCAAAGAUUUUUGUCCACUUUCUUUCUUUCUUCUCCCUACUAAUUUUACUUAACCUCUCUCCGGUUAUUCAUCUCCUCUCUCUCUGGGCCUUACUCAAUCACCACCAAAUAACACACACAGAUACGCCUUCGUCGCCGGCGAGAACUAGCCGGAGAAUGGCGUAUAUGUGCACCGACAGUGGAAACUUAAUGGCUAUAGCACAACAACUCAUCAAACAGAAGCAACAACAACAACAAUCACAACAUCAACAACAGGACCAAGAACAAGAACAAGAACAAGAACACAAUUCUUGGCCCAAUCAAUCUUUCGGUUAUACUCUUCCCGGUCCGGGUUUCUCCGACCCGUUUCAAGUAACCAACGACCCGGGUUAUCACUUCCCACACCUUGAACACCAAAACGCCGUCGCUUCCGAAGAGUUUGACUCCGACGAGUGGAUGGAGAGUUUGAUCAACGGUGGAGAUUCUUUGCAAACCAAUCCAGACUUCCCAAUCUACGGCCAUGAUUCAUUCGUCUCGUUCCCGAGUCGACUCUGUAAUCCUUCAAAUCUCAACCGAGUCAAUAAGGAUGACUCAGCGAGUCAUCAACUCUCUCAGCCACCGACCUCCACCACUAUAUGGACUCCAUCUCCGCCAUCACCACAACAUCAUCCUCCACUUCCGCAGCCGGAUUUUGACCUAAACCAACCGAUUUUAAAAGCUAUCCACGAAUAUGCACGUAAACCGGAAACACUAAUUCGGAUCAAAGAAUCCGUAUCCGAAUUCGGUGACCCGAUAGAGCGAGUCGGGUAUUACUUCUUAGAAGCUCUGUCUCAUAAAGAAACAGAGUCUCCGUCGUCAUCGUCUUCGUCGUCGUCGUCGCUAGAAGACUUCAUUCUCUCAUACAAAACCUUAAACGACGCAUGUCCAUACUCAAAGUUCGCUCAUUUAACAGCGAAUCAAGCAAUUCUCGAAGCUACGAAUCAAUCAAACAACAUUCACAUAGUCGAUUUCGGGAUUUUUCAAGGUAUUCAAUGGUCUGCUCUGUUACAAGCUUUAGCGACCCGACCUUCUGGUAAACCCACCCGGAUCCGGAUUUCGGGUAUACCCGCUCCGUCUUUAGGAGAUUCACCGGGACCGUCUCUGAUCGCUACAGGUAACCGUCUCCGUGAUUUCGCGGCGAUUUUGGAUCUCAAUUUCGAGUUUUAUCCGAUUCUGACGCCGAUUCAGUUACUAAACGGGUCGAGUUUUCGGGUCGACCCGGAUGAGGUUUUGGUUGUGAAUUUUAUGCUUGAGCUUUAUAAGCUUCUUGAUGAAACGGCGACGACGGUUGGUACGGCGCUCCGGUUAGCUAGAUCGUUAAACCCGAGGAUUGUGACGCUUGGUGAAUACGAGGUGAGUUUAAACCGGGUUGGAUUUGCAAACCGGGUUAAGAACUCUCUCCGGUUUUAUUCCGCGGUUUUUGAAUCGCUUGAACCGAAUUUGGAGCGAGAUUCGAAAGAAAGGCUGAGAGUGGAGAGAGUGUUGUUCGGUAGGAGGAUAUUUGAUUUGGUUCGAUCAGAUGAUGAUAAUAAUAAACCGGGAACCCGGUUUGGGCUAAUGGAGGAGAAGGAACAAUGGAGAGUGUUAAUGGAGAAAGCCGGUUUUGAGCCGGUUACACCGAGUAAUUACGCGGUUAGCCAAGCGAAGCUGUUACUAUGGAACUACAAUUAUAGUACAUUGUAUUCACUUGUUGAAUCGGAGCCAGGUUUCAUCUCCUUGGCUUGGAACAAUGUGCCUCUCCUCACCGUUUCCUCUUGGCGUUGACGACACGAUCCAAUCAACCUCUGACCCGCCGGUUACCUUUUUUCUUCCUAUGGUUGAUAAGUUAAUCUAGUCUUUGAGUUAGCUUUUAGAAUUGAAUUAUUUGGGGAUAUAUUUGGGAUUUUCUAAGUAGUGAAGUUCUUUAAAUGUGUUUUUAGAUUUGGCUGUAAAACUAUAAUUAGUCUCUUAGCUAUUUUAGUACGCUUUUUUUAUCUAGUUCUUGGUGUGAUGAUGGUUUGUCCUUUUUGUUCAUUUGUAAUAUAUAUUGGAUGUAACAUUUGACUAGAUUUAUUUGGUGCAAACGAAAGAAGCUAAAAAUAUAUUUACA